AUGCAAGAACACAUUCGCCGCGCUCAUCCAGAACACUACAUUUCGAAGCUCCCAGCGACCGAAGAAAGCUUCAUGCUCAUGAUCAACACUCCUCCAUCCGAACGUCCAAUGCAGCAAAGCGCAACUUCUGUUCCCCAGGGUUCGUCCCUCUCAAUCCAGGGCUAUCCCCCAAAGAUUGACCAUCUUCAAGGCUUCAAUCACGACCAUCACAUGUAUGAUAACAGUAACCCGGGCACGCCUCGAACCAUGGACGACCACGCCGUUGGUUCCAUGCUCCCCGCUGCCAGUGCUGCUGCGGCGCUGGCUCAGCUCCACGGUCACAAAGUCGAACCCGAAUGGGAGGAAAUGGGUUGGCACUCAGACACGGAGGGACGCCGCAUUCCAAGGACAUCAAUUGAGCUGCCUCCGCUGCACUUGACGAAUAACGACAUUACUAGCGAGCCAUUCCCAGCUAUGAACUCCAGUCGGCCACGGGAUAUUCUGCCGUCAAUUCUGGCGAAUUCGCCCCCCGGUCGCUCUUCAACAUUACCCCCAAUCCAACGGCCUGCUGUAGGACCUGCCCGACCAAGGAAGCAGUCCGUCACCAAGAGAGGCCGAGAGGCGCACCACAAGAAGCAGAAGUCUCGCGGCUCGGCAGCAGACUGGCUUCGGCGGAUCCAAAACGACGAACGGCUUAGACCAGGUAACAAUGACCGUAAGGCGUUAUCGGCUGAACCUUCUGCAGACUAUGGGAAGAGAUGGGAAGAUCUCAUCGAUGCCGCCGAUCAAGCUGCAUCAGCUGCCGGCGACAUCGAUGAGGAUAGGACUCCAGUAAGAAGCUUUCAUGCGCUCGCAUCUUCACAUUCUCUGACCUUUAUCCAGAUGCCUCAAUCACCAGUUUCUAUUCACCGGGCUUCUUUGCCGCCAUUCCAGCACCAUGGAUUACCAUCAGCGACAGCUGUAGGGAACUAUCAAGCCUCGCCAUUGCAGCAGGCCUUGACCCCGCCAUCCUACAGCCAGGACACAAUUGACCCAUUCCCGUCGGUUGAAAGCGGUGAAAGCGGGGAGAACUUCCACAUCGAGUCGCGAGGCCUAUCGGAUUCAUCACCAAGUUAUUCUUCUCAGAAUACCCAGAUCUACUGCGCAGCCUGUCAGAGCGUUUCACUUCUCAAGGACUCAUACGCCUGCACAGAAUGCAUCUGCGGUCUGUGCCAGGCGUGUGUCGACGUUCUCAUGGCAGAGCAGGGGGCUCGCCGCAAAUGCCCCCGUUGCGCAACAAUCGGCGGUCGGUUCAAGCCGUUCCAGCUUGACAUCCGGUGA